AUGACGCGAUUUAGAAACCACGUUCCGCCUCUCGACAGCCCAUCGAAGCAGCUCAUACUUGACCUCGCCCAAGAACUUGAGCAAACUAGGAUCUUCGAGGCCGACCUCAAGAGAGUUCAUGCCUACGAGCGAAAGACCUAUUAUGAGAACCUUGAGCGCAUCGACCGCGAGCGCGAAGCAGUUCAUUCUGCAGCCCUUGACGAGGCCGUCGCCUUUCAUGACCGAAUCCGCGAAGAAGCUGAGGCUCUACUGAGGGAUCACAAUCGCGCGGAAGAGGAACAGCGCCGCCAGCGGGAGGAGGCAGCUCGCAAGGAACGGGAACGAAUCGAACGCGAAAAGGCUGAAAAGCUUCGUCGUCAACAGGAGGAGGCGGCUCGUCUCGAGGCCGAGCGCAAAGCUAAGGAGGCCCAAAAGAAGAAGGCCGAGGAAGAUGCAGAGCGUGCACGACGGGAGACUCAGGAGAGACAAGAACGCGAGCAACGCCAAAAGCUAGAGAAGGAGGAAGCCGCGAAACAGGCUGAGAAACGGGCUAAGGAAGAGGAGGCGAAGAAAGCCCAGCAGGCUGAAGAGGAAAAAGCUCGUGCCCAACUGCAGCAGAAGACGGGUGGUAGCAUAGUCAUUCCUGAAGAGCUCAAGGUUCAUGAGCGAUAUCUGGAACUGCACAAGACCCUCAAGGAGAUGCGAAAAUGGCUUACGGAACUCGGGAAGACGCAGCCGGAGUUCAAGAAGGCGAUGGGCGACCUGCGCCGUUCCAUUACGAAGUCCGUGGGUCAGCUGCGAGUUGGAAAGGGUACCAACACGAUACAGAUGCAAGAGAUUCGUUCGAAUCUCCAGGGGGCUUGCAAAGUUGCGGAGCCCACUGUCGACAUUCGCCGAUUUCUUGCUUUCCCUCCAGAGGAAAUUGCUGGUUCAGAGCAGAAGAUUCCCGCCCUACUCAUUUACGGUCUUAACAUCCUUGCCAAACGCUCAAUCUCCGCCCUUGUCAACGAAGGUGCUAGUAAUCCCCAGCACGCUGAGCCUGUAGGUAUUCUAAUUGCACAGAUUUUUUCCUACCCGACCUUCUUGUACAAGGAUAUCCACUUGUCCGACAUCCUCUGGGCCAAAUACCGAGUUGUCUGCCCACCCCUCUGGGGCUUCACAGGCAGCGAAAAAACCGAAUCUGGCCGUCGUGCUCUCGGUUGGUGGAAGACCGAAGAAGGCUUCGUCUCCGAACAAACGCAUUUUGAUAGAAUGGGCGCUCUAGGAGCCGGAUUUUCCGCAAUAACUCUACGAAACUUUGGCAAGAGUCCUCGUCGAAACCCUUUCCCGACCACUAUAUUCUGGAACUCUCUACACAAGCUCCUUUCCGUCCCACCGAAAGAGAUCCAGGACACACAAAUCAUUAUCUUGCAGUCUAUGUUGCGUCACUCUGGAGAUCGUAUUCUGGGCUUUUUUGGUCAGAUCGGCGUGGCGGUUAUUCGCAAGGCGGUUGUUGACUUGCCUCGUGCGAUGGACCGCUCGUCGAUGUCUAUCAACCAACUUAAGCUGAUAAAAGAGCUUUACCUUCGGGAGAACCAUAUUCUUCUGUAA